AUGGAGCACCACAUGCCAGUGCCGGUGAUCAACAUCCUCCGUCUCCAUCUCAUCCACCACCUCUCUCAACUCGACAUCUCCCAGCUCAUCAUGGAGCAGCAGCAGCAGCAGCAGCAGCAGCAGCAGCAGCAGCAGCCGGCAAGCAAUCCCGAGAAGCCAGCACUAGCCAUCAAAAUCCGCCCCGAAACCCCCGCCGACGCCGACGCAAUCCAUGCCCUCCUCCUCGCGGCGUUCCCGACCCCCGCCGAAGCCGCGCUAGUGACCACCCUCCGCGCAAGCGACGCCUACGUCCCGUCGCUCGCCUUGGUGGCAGUGCACGACUCGAGUAUCGUAGCCCACGUAAUGCUCACCCGCGCGUCCGUCGGCGACGCCCGGGCACUCGGACUCGCCCCGCUCGCCGUCUUGCCCGACUACCAAGGCCAAGGCGUCGGCUCCGCGCUCGUGCGCGCCGCGCUCGAGCUCGCUGGCGAGCAGACUCUCGGCGUGCUCGGCGAUACCGCCUACUACGCCCGCUUUGGGUUCCUGCCCUGUGCCGAGGUUGGCGUGCUGCCGCCCGUCGAGGCGUGGAAGCCGCACUUCAUGGUCCGCGCUGGCGGGGGUGGGGUGAAGGGCGGCGUGUUUCGCUACCAUGAGGCGUUUGACGCUGUGUAG